AUGUUCCGACCGGCGUUCAGGGCAGCUUCGACCGCACGCACCGUACCAAAAGCACAAACAGUUGGGAGACGAUUCGCCAGCACUGCGCCUUCAACGUCAAGGAGUUGGAAGGGCUCUGCUGUGAGAUGGACUGCGGCUGGCGCCAUAGUGUACUACUAUAACACCGCGACAGUGUUCGCAGAAGAGCCAAAAUAUGCAAUCAACGGGCCACCGGAGACGCACAGCGAGUCCGAGACCUACCAGAACAUCGACUCGAUCGCAGAGAAACGUAGAGCUCGAGCACGAGCAACGCAGCAACAAUCACAGCCUUCUGAGCGGACGAUAGUGGCCGACGGUGCAGCACCAGAUGCCGAGCAAGUUGCAGCAGGAGGACCGGAGGCCCUAGAGGAAGAAGCAGAUCAACAGGGCGCCUUCAAUGAGGAGACGGGAGAGAUCAACUGGGACUGCCCGUGCUUGGGCGGGAUGGCACACGGUCCUUGUGGCGAGCAGUUCAGAGCUGCUUUCAGCUGUUUUGUCUACUCGAAAGAAGAGCCCAAGGGCGUGGACUGCAUCGAGCACUUUAAGACAAUGCAAGAUUGCUUCCGCGAGCACCCGGAGAUUUACGGUUCGGAGCUCGACGAGGAGGAGGUGGAUGCUCAGAUCGACGCAGAAGGAAAGGAGGCUAGUACCCUGGUGUCAGAGCAGCCAGCCCCAGCAGCGGCGAUUGCGAAUGCAUCAAAUGCUACGCCAUCGAACGAACCCGAGCAUCGACAGCGUGUGCGAGCGGCCAAGGAUCAAGUUAGCCAGAGUACAGGGCCCCAGGACGAGGUAGAUCAAGUUGUGCCAAAGGCGUGGCAUGAUGGCCGUGAAGCAUCGACGGCGAAGUAA